CGGCUGCUCGGGUUAUGGAGAGGCAGAAUAUCCUUCCGCCGGCUUGAGGCGUCUGGGAACCAACACCCCCUCAACAGCUGAAAGGGGCCACUUCACCUAAAACAGCACCGUCCGAAUUUGCCUAAUCUCAUGGCAAAGGUGUAGGAGUCCGUUGGUUCAAACGGGCCCUACAUUGAUCAUACGUUUUAAGAGCAGACUGGCGAGAAUAAGCGGGACUCGUUGAAAGUACGAAGCCAAGGUGAAAUUUCUCAGUGUUCCCCAGAUACAGUUAUCUGGAGCCAUCUCAGCAUGAGGACGUACUGUUCCCUGGAGACGCUGCACGAAACCCUCGAGUCUCAGAAUGGAGCCGCCAAGAUUUCCCCCUCUCAACUUCGAGAGCGCUGUCUGCUGCCUCUACAGAUGGCUCUGGAGUCCAAAAACACCAAACUGGGACAGAUGGCACUGACUGGAAUGCAGAAGCUCGUGUGUGAGGACAGGUUUGUGGGGGGAGCUGGCGUGGAGGUGGAGGCCCUGGAGAAGCAGCUGCUCAGCCAGAUGUUGGAGGCCAUCAGAAUCACCCCGUCUCUGCAUGAAGACCUGCAGGUGGAAGUCAUGAAGGUCCUGCUGUGUAUCACCUACUCACCAAACUUUGACAUUAAUGGAGACUCCAUCCUACGGAUUGCUGAGGUGUGUAUCGAGACCUACAUGUCCAGCUGUCACCAGCGCAGCAUCAACACAGCGGUCAGAGCCACGCUGAGCCAGAUACUGGGGGACCUGGCGCUACAGCUGCGACACAGACAAGAGGGUGCGGAUGGAGACGAGGUGACUGCGCUGCCACUGCAGAGGAGAGAUAUUUCUCCAACCAGUCAGGCUCUGUGUGAAGAUGUGGUGACAGUUCUGACAGUUUUCUGUGAGAAGCUGGAGUCGGUGGACAGUGAUAACCAGCUCCUGCAGCUGCUCUACCUGGAGUGCAUCCUCUCCAUGCUCAGCGGCUGUCCUCCCACAAUGCACCUGUCCAGAGGUUUUACCGACCUCGUGUGGAAGCAGCUGUGUCCGUCCCUUGUGGCGAUCAUGGGAAACCCCGUCAACGACAAAACCAUCGCUUCCCACCAUGGCUACAUGUGGCCGCCAGACCGAGACCGGCUCACAGAUAGACUCAGCCUAGGAAUCAGCCUGGAUGUGGACUCCUGCUGCGGAGGGGUAUCCGAUCAGGGCCGGGGGUCCGGCUGCUCCUCCAGCGCCCCCGCCAGGAUCGCGCCGGUAGUGCGGACGGUGUGUUACAUCGCGGCGGAGCUGGUGCGCUUGGUGAGCUGUGUGGAGUCAAUGAAACCGGUGCUACAGUCGCUCUACCACAGGAUCCUGCUGUACCCGCCUCCUCAACACCGCACCGAGGCCAUCCGCAUCAUGAAGGAGAUUUUGGGCAGUCCCCAGCGGCUGUACGACCUGGCUGGUCCGUGCGUGGCCGAGCCUGAAACCAGGAAGCGCUCCUUCUCAAAGCGGAAGUCCCACCUGGACCUCCUAAAACUCGUGAUGGAUGGGAUGACAGAGGCGUGUGUGAAGGGAGGCAUCGAGGCCUGUUACUCCUCGGUCUCCUGUGCCUGCGCUCUCCUUGGAGCUCUGGAUGAACUGUCCCAGGGCCGCGGCAUCCAGCCCGAGCAGGCUCGGCUUCUCCUCAGACGACUGGAUGAUCUGAAAGAUGGGACAGAGUCAACGCGUGAGUCCAUGGAGAUCAAUGAGGCCGACUUCAGGUGGCAGAGACACAUCCUGUCCUCUGAGCAGGCUCCCUGGGACCACCCCAGUUCUUCUUCGUCCAACAUUGCCAUCACCGGGGCCGCCGAGCGCAGCCCCGACAUAAGCAUCAGCAUCACCACUGAAACAGGCCAGACCACCCUGGAUCUGGAGGUGGGGGGGCUCGGCAUGGGGCUUGACCGCACAACUCCCGAGGAGUGCGCGGAGAAUGCUCGCCUCCCGUCGCACUCAUCCUGUGGCGCACAGGAGGGGGCCAAACGUGACCAGAGCCAGGAGGCAGACCAGGGGAGCCGUCGGGAGGAGGGAGGAGGUGCGGGGGAGGUCGAGGGAAGAGGAGAGAAAGAAAGAGCCGGAGGAGGUGGUGGAGGAGGAAGAGGAGCAGGAGAGAGAGGGAGUGUGGUUCCUCCAGACGUAGUCCAGCGGAGUCAUGCCCUUGUCUACCCUGACAUCACCAACUUCCUGUCUGUGGAGUCCAGGACCAGGUCGCACCAUGCGGGCGGGUCACGAUACAGCGAGAGCAACUUCAGUGUGGAGGAGCAGGACUUGUCACGGACAGAGUUCGACUCAUGUGACCAGUACUCCAUGGCUGCCGAAAAGGACUCGGGGCGUUCCGACGUCUCCGACAUCGGCUCUGACAACGUCUCACUGGCGGACGAGGAGCAGCAGACGCCUCGUGACUGCCCGGGCCACCGCUCCCUUCGCACCGCCGCCCUGUCCCUCAAACUGCUCCGCAACCAGGAGGCCGACCAGCAGAGUGCCAGGCUGUUUGUCCAGUCACUGGCAGCGCUGUUGCCCCGGCUGCUGGGGUUGGCAACCGCCGCAGAUGUGGACCUGUCGCUGCAGAACUUCUCCUCCACCUUCUGCUCCGGACUGCAGGCCGGUGGGAUCCACUCUCCCGGUUUCGAGGCAGGUGACACUCUGAGCUGUCAGUCUCUGAUGAACGCGGACGGUCUUUACCUGGUGUCGUACUACGCUCUGCUGCUCAAUCUCAAACUCUGCUGCUGCGACUACUACAGACGACGAACGCUCGCUCCCGUCCUCAGCCUGAAGGAGUUUGUGCGUCUGAUCCAGAGCAGCGGGGUCCUCGUGGUUCUGUCUCAGGCCUGGAUCGAGGAGCUCUACCACCAGGUGUUAGAGCGCAACCUGCUGGCCGAGGCUGGGUACUGGGGCUCCCCGGAGGACCACGCACUGCCGCUCAUCACCAUGCUGACAGAUAUCGACGGUCUGGGCAGCAGUGCGAUUGGCGGUCAGCUGAUCAGGCGGGCGUCCAGCCAAACGCCACUCAGCUGUGACAAGGCUGGCGGCGACACUGUGAUGGCAGCCCCAGUUCUCCCCGCUGCACCUGCACACAGUUUUUCAAGGUACCUGGCAGGAGCUGUGUUCUCGCGCUUCAUCCUCACCGGCGUCUGGAAGAACCUGAUCGACGUGCUGUCCACGCCGCUGACGGGCCGCAUGGCGGGCAGCUCCAAGGGCCUGGCCUUCAUCCUGGGAGCAGAGGGGGUCAAAGAGCAGAGCCAGAGGGAGAGAGACACCAUCUGUCUGAGCUUAGAUGGCCUACGCAAAGCUGCUGCGCUCAGCUGUGCCCUGGGUGUGGCUGCCAACUGUGCGUCAGCUUUAGCCCAGAUGUCUGCAGCCUCGUGUGUGCAGGAAGAGAAGGAGGAGAAGGAGGUGGGAGAGACGGGAGACGCCAUCGCACAAGUGAAGCAGCGUGUUGAGCAGCGUUUGGAGCAGAUCGGACGUCCUCAGGGAGUUCGUCUCCACACGGCUCAUGUGUUGUGUAUGGACGCCAUCCUGAACGUAGGACUGGAGAUGGGGAGCCACAACUACGACUGCUGGCCGCAUGUCUUCAGGGUGACCGAGUACAUCAGCUCACUGGAGCACACCCACUUCAGCGACGGCUCUUCACAGCCGUCGUCUUUGACCACCAUCACCCAGCAGAGCCAGCAGAGCCAGCAGGCGGCCGGCGUGGACCUGGGGCUGGAGCUGAGCUGCGAGCCCAGCCCAGAGGCCUCGGAGCUGGGCCUGAGCCAGCCAGUCAUCCAGCCUCUGUCCAUCCAGGAGCUGCUGAGGGAGAACAGCAGAGGGGGCCGAGGUCUGGACCUGAAGAGCGGUACCCUGAUGACCGGGCCCAGCGCGUCCACGGCUGUGUGUACGCUGUCAACACAGGCUGACAGGUUGUUUGAAGAAGCAGCCACCAAACUGAACCUGGUGGGUCUAGUUGGUUUCCUGCAGCAGCUGAGGAGAGCUUCUCAGUCUCAGCUGUUUGACUCCGUUACCGAGACCGGUGACUAUUCACUGGCAAUGCCAGGAGAGGCCAAGUCGACGCUGGACCGGCGCAGCGCUCUCCAUCUCUUCCGUUUGGGCGAGGCCAUGCUGCGCAUCGUAAGGAACAAGAACCGGCCUCUGCUCCACAUGAUGAGGGCCUGGAGCGUGGUGGCGCCACACCUGGUGGAGGCGGCGUGUCACAAGGAGCGGCAUGUAUCCCAGAAGGCCGUUUCCUUCAUCCAUGACGUUCUGACGGAGGUGCUGACGAGCUGGGCUGAGCUUCCCCACUUCCACUUUAAUGAGGCACUGUUCCGGCCCUUUGAGCACAUCAUGCAGCUGGAGCUCUGUGACGAGGACGUACAGGACCAGGUGAUCACAUCCAUAGGCGAGCUGGUGGAGAUGUGUUCCCCUCAGAUCCUGUCGGGAUGGAGGCCUCUGUUCAGCGCUCUGAGGACCGUCCACGGCAGCAAGACCGACACUAAAGACUACCUGCUGGGAGAGUACUCCAUGGGGAAGUCCCAGGCUCCAGUCUUUGAUGUGUUUGAGGCUUUCAUCAACACUGACAACAUCCAGGUUUUUGCCAACGCUGCCACCGACUACAUCAUGUGCCUCCUGAAGUUCGUCAAAGGCUUAGGAGAGGUGGACUACAAGGAGAUCGGAGACUGUGUCCAUGUGUCGGGUUACAGCUCCACUGACCUCUGCCUGCCUGCUCUCGACUACCUGCGCAAAUGUUCACAGCUGCUGGCUAAGAUCUACAAAAUGCCGUCCAAGCCAGUGUUUUUGGGGGCGCGGCUCGCCAGCCUGCCAAUGAGAUCACAGGAGCGCUCGAUCAGCAGCGAGGACGGGAUGGACUGUGUCCUCCAGGAGUUUGAUGAUGACACAGGUCUGAUCCAGGUCUGGAUUUUGUUACUGGAGCAGCUCACAGCAGCCGUGUCAAACUGUCCUCGGCAACACCAACCUCCGACCCUGGAGCUGCUCUUCGCUCUGCUCAGAGAGGUCACCACUGUACCAGGUCCGGGGUUUGCCAUCUUCUCCGUCAUCCAGCUGCUGCUCCCCGUGAUGUCACUGUGGCUGCAGCGUAGCCAUGGCGACCACUCCUACUGGGACGUGGCGGCGGCAAACUUCAAACAUGCCAUUGGCCUAUCGUGCGAGCUGGUAGUGGAGCACGUCAACAGCUUCAUACACUCAGAUAUUGGCUACGAGUCCCUGAUAAACCUGAUGCUGAAGGACCUGUUCAAGCUGCUGGUGGCCUGUGUGUCUGAGCCCGCCGAGACCAUCUCCAGAGUGGGCUGCUCCUGCAUCAGAUACGUGCUGGUGACAGUUGGUCCAGUGUUCACAGAGGAAAUGUGGAGGUUGGCCUGCUGCGCUUUGCAGGAUGCUUUCUCUGCUACGUUGGAGCCUGUCAAGAACCUGCUGGCGUGUUUCCACAGUGGUUCAGACAGUUUUUCCGGAGACGCCUGCGAGGUGAAGGUGGCGGCUCCGUCUCAUUCCCCCUCAGCCGAGGCAGAGUACUGGAGGAUCAGAGCUAUGGCUCAGCAGGUCUUUAUGUUGGACACCCAGUGCUCUCCAAAGACACCCAACAACAAGGACGGUUUUGAGCACGCUCAGUCCUGCGUUCUCAUCAUCGAGCUGCCGUCUGACCAGCAGUCCAACGGACACACUCAGAAGAGGAUCCCAUUCCGGACCAUCGUGGUGAGCCUGCUGUCCCACCAGGUCCUGCUCCAAAACCUCUACGACAUCCUCCUGGAGGAGUUUGUCAAACAGCCCGAAGGUCACGAAAGGGUCACACCUGUGACCUCCGACCCCAGCAGACCCACAGCGGGCUUCCUGCGCUACAUCUCCAUGACUAAUUUAGCCAUAAUCCUGGAUCUGCUGCUGGACUCUUACAGGACAGCGCGGGACUUUGACACGCGGCCAGGUCUGAAGUACCUGCUGAUGAAGGUGUCGGGUGUUUGCGGAGCGGCCAAUCUUUACCGGCAGUCUGCCAUGAGCUUCAACCUGUACUUCCAGGCCCUGCUGUGUGCCACACUCAGCCAAGCUGACAGCAUGACUGCACAGCAGGUGAAGAGGAUCCUGUACGAGGAAGAGGAGGGCAGCUCUGACUCCUCUCACCCCGGAUCUGCUUCCUCGGAGGACGAAGACAUCUUUGAAGAAACAGCACAGGUCAGCCCCCCUCGCGGUCGGGAUAAACGUCACCAGUGGCGAGCCCCCAUCCCGUCGCUCAGCGUGCAGCCGCUGGGCAGCGCCGACUGGGCCUGGCUGGUCAAACGCCUCUACAAGCUGUGCAUGGAUCUGUGCAACAGCUACAUCCAGAUGCACUGUGACCUGGAGAGCACGCUGGAGGAGGCGGCGCUGCUGAGAGGGGGAGCUGCAGGAGGAGAUCACGUCUUCUUCCUGCCUCUCUUCCAGUCCGAGACUUCGACCCCAACGUCAGCCGGCGGGCUUUCGGCAAGGGGGACGCCCUCGGAGGAAGGCGGGUACAGGUCUCAGACGGCAGACGUGAGCGCAGCAACGCCGGGAGACACGCCCACACCCAGUCCGGGAUUCAGCUGCACGGGCAGUCUGCCCCACCACUUCCGGAUCGGGGGAGAACGAAGGGACUCCGGCAUCACAUCAAGCUCGUUAGGAGGAGCUCCUGGCAGCGUUGGACCGGGAAAGAGGAAGGACUGGUGGGAGAGCGCCGGGAACAAACUGUACACCAUCGCCACGGACAAAACCAUCAGCAAGCUGAUGAUGGAGUACAAACGCAGGAAGCAGCAGCAGCAGCAGCCACAGCAGCAGAGCCACGUCAACCUGUUCAUGAAGGAGCAGGGCCGGGCGGCCGCGGCAGGAGGGGGGGCCGUCGGGGAGAGGAGGGGGCCCGUGGAGCCGCAGAGGCCCCCGCAGAGACCCCAGCAACUAGUGGACCAGCAGGGGCCCCCCCUGAGGCACUCGGUUAGCGCAGGACCUGAGGUCCUGAGGCAGGAGAAGAGGCCGCGGUCAGGAUCCACCAUCAGCUCCCACAGCAUCUCACUGAGGGACUCUGAGGCUCAGAUACAGGCGUGGACCAACAUGGUCUUGACUCUCCUGAAUCAGGUCCUCCUGCUGUCAGACUCCUCUUUUCUGGCUCUCCUGCCGGCGAUCUACCCCUGCCUCAGCCAGCUCUCCUGCCACGUCACCGACGCUCGCGUCCGCCAGGCGCUGCGCGAAUGGCUGGGCCGCGUCGGCAGACUCUACGACAUCAUCCUGUGACACCGCGGUGAAGAAAUGCAGGAGCACCCGCUGAAGGGCGCAGGCGGUCGGUCAGUGAGGGACGCGAACACACGAAACACGAAUCAGAUUGUUGCUCUAGACCUGUUUGACGCCGUCUUGUGACGGUGUCGCUAUGUGGCAGGCGUUCACAGGUUUGGUUGCGGUGCAGAGGAGGAGAAACUGUGACGUCACCGCGUCACAGUGCGACAGACUGGUGGAUUUGUGAUGGGUUUGAGCGAGCAACGAGAAAACGGAUCGGUAGCCUCUGACGGUAUCGCACGGGUUUGGGGCACUUCUGAAGAACAGGAGGACACCGGCAGACAUCACGUGACAUUAGGGUAGACGAUUUGAUUGGCCGAUGAAGGUUGUGGUGAGAAGGAUGAGGGAUUUAGUUGGUUAGUGAAGGAUCUGACCGGGAACGGGCCAUUUCUGCCUCUUGUUGCUUGGUUGAAGUUAAUUUCCACAAACAGAACAUGCAAGAGAGGACACAAAAAAAUCUCACACACACACACACACACACACACACACACACACACACACACACACACAGCUUUUAAAUGCGAUUUGCUUAUUUUGGCACAUUAGUGUCAUAGUGUCACAAUAUAAAUGAUUAUAGCUUCACCCUAAUGUAGACACAGACAUACUUGGGCAAUGAAUUAUGGAUAUUGUAGUUCACUCGCAUACUUCUGCCUUUUUACAUUCGCUGCAUUGCUACAUUUCUCUGUGCGCUACUGACGGUGAGCUCAGUAACCUGACGACAAUGAUUUUUUUUUUUUCCCCAACCCU